AUGGCACCAAGACAGUCAAAGACAGCUAAACGUUCUGCCAAACAGAAUGGACAGCGUGAUAUCCAAUCAGAGGUUUUCAAAGACUCACACGCUCGUAACAGAUUGGCUAUAGAGUCAAACCAAACUGAAAAGUCCAAGGUACGUAAACCAAGCAAGAGUAAAGUCAAGAAGGAGCAGGCUUUGAUACGGUUGUACGGUAAGAAGAAACAAAGAGAGUACCAGGAGAGUGAAUUGGAUCUGCCGGUGCUCAAUAGGGCAAUUAUCCCCGGUGCCAAACGUCCCAGAGGUAAGAAAGGUAAGAAGUUUGUCAAUGAAGACCCAGAGGACCAGACUCAGAUCAACAGAAUCAUUUCUGAAAUCAUCAUCAAAGAUGAGAAACGUGACAUGUCGAAGCUUGAAAAGGCAACCAAAUUGGAGGAGUUGAGAGAAUUGAAACGUAAAGAGAUGGAACAGAAGGAGGAAGAGAAGCAGAACAAGUUGGAGGACAAGAAGUUGGAAAUCAAAAGUAAAGCUGCAAAGGCAAGAAACGACAGAAGAAAAAGAGCCAAGCUGCUGAAAAAAUCAGCGGAAACUGUUGAAGAAGAGAAACCAAAGAAGAAGAAGGUGGCAUUUGCAUAG